AUGCUACCCAAAAAGCCAGAGUACAAUGACCCUUUCAAUCCGGACGACCUCACGUUCACAGAGGAGCAAUGCGACGCGUACUUCCCGGACCUCUGGAAGGACAUUGAUCGCAGCGUCAAGUAUUACACCAAGAAUCCGUUCACAAAGGAGUACCUCGAAAGCUCUUGCGACGAUGGGCAAUGGACACAUGCACGAGUGGCUAUCUACAACAAUCGACUCUAUCUGAAGAAAUUCACGCCUUCCACCGGUACUUUCACGCGGCCACUAGCGGCGCUAGCGCUGCUGCACCAGUCCAUCAUCACCUCGCGCGAGCCGUUGCCGAACAUCGAGUUCUGCAUGGGCUUCGAUGACUGGGGCAUGCGCGGCAAGUUCAGCCUCGACCGCAGGGACGAUCAAGAUGAUGUCUGGCUGAUGCCAGACUAUGGCUUCCUCUCGUGGCCCGAGCACGUGGGCACAUAUCUGGAUGUGCGCAUGAAGAUUGAAGCCAUCGAGAAGGCCACGCCGUGGGAGGAAAAGGUCCCCAAGCUCUUCUGGCGCGGUAGCAUGAAGGUCGGCACCGCCGAUCGUGAGAGCAUGGUCCAAGUUGCCCGGGGGCAUACGUGGAACGACAUCAAGGGGGUCGACUGGUCGAACCCUACGACGGCGGUGGCGAUCGCGGACCACUGCAAGUGGAAGUUCCAAGGGUUCGCCGAGGGGAACACAUACUCUGGCCGUCUGCGUUACCUGCAGAACUGCAAGACGGUUAUUAUUACGCACCCGCCGCGCUGGAUCCAGCAUUGGACGCACCUGUACAACGCCGACUGGAACUCACCCGACCAGAACAUCGUCUACGUGCCCAAGGCGACCGGAAAUGGCAAGGGCGUUCUCGUGCACGAUGGCGACAAGGAGUACUUCGACCGCACAUGGGAGCGCCUGCCCGAUGUGAUGGAUGCGCUGCUCAAGGAUGACGACAAGGCGCACAGGAUCGCUGAGAACCAGUGGAACUACUUUAGGAACCGCUACGUGUCGCCUGCGAGCGCGGCGUGCUACUGGCGCAAGGCGAUCAAGGGCUUUGGCAAGGUUCAAAAGUACACUGUUGAUCUGAGCGGCCAGGAAACGAGUUACGAGAGCUUCAUGCUCUUGGGGAUGCGCGAUGGCAAGGGCCACAACCGUCGCAGCAACCUCAACAGCAGCGACAUUGACAGGAAGGCGCUUGAGCUGCCACGCAAUCACACGCGCUUGCUUCCUUGA